AAAAAGAAAGAAUUCAAGGAGGAGGGAGGAAGUGAAUCGGACGGUUUUAAUUUGUAGAAUAUUCUGUGAAGAGGUUAAUGAUUCAGCAAACUCAAAAGUGCCGUUAAAACAUGUCUGAUUAGUUUUCUAUAACAUUAUUUUAAGUUAAUUCUUUGUUUCAUUGUGUACGAAUUGUGAAUCUUCCAACAACCAGACGACGACCACAAUAAAAUGGCGACGGACCCAGCGAAAAACCGCAUGCAUGUUUUCAAGAACACAGGCAAAGAUGUCGAUGAAAUGCGCAGACGACGAAAUGAAGUGACAGUUGAGCUUAGAAAGAAUAAAAGGGAAGAAACGCUUCAAAAACGUCGUAAUGUGCCCAUUAGUGACUCGACAGACGAAGAUGAAAUCGAAAGAACGUUGGCAUCGACAGAUUUACAAGAGCUGGUUAUGAAUGCGGCGAACGUCGAAAACCCCGAUGUGCAGCUAAGCGCAGUUCAGCAAUGUAGGAAAUUAUUGUCCUCUGAUAAGAACCCGCCAAUAGAUGAUUUGAUAGACACAGGAAUUCUUCCGAUUCUCGUCAUGUGCCUUUCUAGGGCAGAUAAUCCUACGCUCCAAUUCGAGGCUGCUUGGGCGCUUACGAAUAUUGCGUCAGGGACAUCUGCCCAGACGAACAAAGUUGUCCACGCCGGUGCAGUGCCAUUGUUCUUGCAGCUACUCAUGUCGCCCCACGAGAAUGUGUGCGAGCAGGCUGUGUGGGCUCUCGGUAACAUCAUUGGUGAUGGACCGGUUCUGCGUGACUUCGUCGUGGAGCUGGGCGUUGUCAAACCUCUCCUUAGUUUUAUUAAACCUGAAAUACCAAUAUCUUUCCUGCGCAAUGUCACAUGGGUGAUUGUGAACUUGUGCAGGAGUAAGGAUCCCCCGCCACCGGUCAAGACUAUCCAAGAAAUACUGCCUGCUCUUAAUGUUCUCAUCACACAUACAGAUAUCAGUAUUUUAGUAGACACAGUAUGGGCCAUCAGUUAUCUAACAGACGGAGGCAAUGAACAGAUUCAAAUGGUCAUAGACUCCGGUAUAGUGCCUAAACUGAUCCCGCUGCUCUCACACAAGGAAGUCAAGUGCCAAACUGCAGCCCUCAGAGCUGUUGGUAAUAUUGUCACAGGAACGGACGAUCAGACACAAGUGGUGCUCAAUUGUGAUGCCCUGUCUCACUUCCCUGCGCUAUUGUCACACCAGAAAGAAAAGAUCUGCAAAGAGGCCGUGUGGUUCCUAUCGAACAUAACAGCGGGCAACAAGCAGCAAGUGCAAGCCGUUAUCGACGCUGGUCUCCUGCCGAAGAUUGUGGACAACCUCAGCAAGGGCGAGUUCCAGACGCAGAAGGAGGCUGCGUGGGCUGUGUCGAAUUUGUGCAUUAGCGGUACUAAGGAACAAGUGGCCGCGCUUAUACAGUGCGGUGUGAUUCCUCCGCUGUGUAAUCUGCUCUCUUGUAAGGACACGCAAGUGAUCAAUGUGGUACUCGACGGUCUCAGCAACAUGCUGAAGAUGGCCGGUGACAAUGCUGACCAGGUGGCCAACAUGAUCGAGGAGUGCGGAGGCAUUGACAGGAUCGAGGAGCUGCAGGGACAUGAGAAGGUCGAGAUCUACAAGAUGGCAUAUGAUAUCAUCGAGCAGUACUUUGCUGAUGAGGAGGAAGACGCGACACUUGUCCCGACGACGGCAGAGCAGGGCUUCCAGUUCGAGCCGGCGCCCAGCGGCCCGCACGACGGCUUCCGCUUCUAGAGACACACACCACACAAACAUACAUACAUACACACCUCCACACAUCGACACUUGUCCAACAUCGUGGACGCUAAGACACCCCAUACUGUCUCUGAAGUCAUUGUUUUGGUAGAUUGUUUAGACGAAGCGAUUUCGGAACACUAUGGGACGUCUUUUAUAGUAACUAGGAUCAUAUAACUCCACGCGGACGGGAUCGACCAGCAAUGGACGACUGUAUCAUAUUAUGUAAACUGUAUAUUUUUUCAAUGAAUUCGCCGAAAAUCGGUCGCAGCAAAUCAUGAAUUCGGCCCCGCUCUCAAUCUCCCGGGAUCCCGUUCGCGUCGAAUUAUUCGCAUAGCAAUAAUGAGUGUCUGUUGUGAAAUAAUUUAUUUUAUUAAUAAAAUAAUGAUGAUGCGAUUAGACAAAUGUUUAUUUCGAAAUAUGUAAUUGUAUAGAACUCGAAUUGAGGUUACAUUUUAUCGUCGAUCCUAGCCGGCGGGGCUCGGGCCGCGAACCGCAGAGUCGCUAAUUCGUUAGUUAUUAGGGCGUUAGUACACUGACGCAUUCGCGUUCGGCAGCGAAACAACGAAAAAUCUGUCAGUAGUGUGGCAGGAUUUCGCAUAUAAUAUGUCUCACUCUAGCACAUAGAUAGAUGAAAUAGUUGCGUCCUUGUCAGUAUUGUUUCGCAAGGAACUGCGAAAUGGCCAUUACACUGAAGCAUUGCGAAAACAUUGCUGUGUUCCGUUCCGCAGAUAUUUCGCUACGAAGUAGUUUCGCAGAGAUUGGCUCACGCGAAUGCGUCGGUGUACUAACGGCGUUAUUAUUGAUAAAUAAUAAUAGUUGUGAGGUUCCCGCCGGAGCCUCGCCCGUCGAGUGUGGAGCCGGUCCGGCCGCUGGACCCACGACCGCGCGUUGUACCGCUGGCGGCUCGUCGGUUCACGGCCGUCGAGCAAAAAGGCCUUAGCACCGUGUUCGUUGUAAAAUUCGCGUUUUUAAAUACAUAAAUAAUUAAUUGUUGUUUGACAAUCGGUGCUACGGUUUCGUUGUGAUACAAAAUAUUGUGAUGUUUGAAGAUUUUUUCAUUGUUUUUUCGUAUUCGUAGGCUCGGCUGCGGGAGUGUGUUCCGGCGGCGACCGGUUCUAUAUUAUAUGUUGAGAAUGUUUGUCGAUAGCGUCUCGCUGUCGAUCUUUAUUAGCACAGAUCGGUUAGAUUGAUGAUCUACUACGUGAUGUAGUAAGUUUUAUGUGCUACGAAGACUGCUCCUCGUUGUAAAUUGCUUCAUUGUUGGAUUUAUUUUAAAAUCUCUUGUUAAUGAUCCGCCGGAACGCAUUCCCGCAGCGUCGACUCCAAAAUGAGGACGGACAGCAUAGCUUUAAAGUAAGUCCGGACGACUAGUGUAUCCGCUUACACAUUGCUUUUGAUAAUUAUAACAUAGUAUUUAUGUUUCGAUUUUAACUCGAAGUAUCGCUGAUACGGGACACGACGUGACAUUAUGUUCGGAUACGGAACCCAUUUGUAACUAUAUAACAAUAAAUUCUGUCCAAUU